AAGAUCGAAUUGAAGAAGGAAUGAACAGACUGGUAGCCGCCGGGGCGAAACGAAUUUGUGUUGCUAUGACGUCACAACCACCUGUUUACAGUCGAGUGGGAACUUAAAAAUGGCGAGUAGUAUUACAGAAAACUUGCUGCUUGUAACAGACUCUUACAAGGUUACACACCAUCUACAGUAUCCACCCAACACAACAGCAGUGUACUCGUACUUUGAAAGCAGAGGAGGAAAAUUUCCAUGCACUGUUUUCUUUGGGUUGCAGUAUAUCAUAAAGAGAUGGCUGACUGGGCAAGUUGUUACCAAGGAAAAGAUAAAGGAAGCUAAAGAAGUCUAUCAUUUACACUUUAGCAAUGAUUAUUUUAAUGAAGAUGGAUGGAACUAUAUUCUCGAGCAUCACAAUGGAUGUCUUCCAGUGAGGAUUAGAGCUGUCCCAGAAGGAAGCGUCAUACCAUUCAAAAAUGUUCUCUUUACUGUCGAAAACACAGACCCAAAAUGCUUCUGGUUGACAAAUUAUUUAGAGACACUUCUUGUUCAAGCAUGGUAUCCAAUGACUGUUGCUACCAAUUCUAGAUACCAGAAAGAAAUUAUUGCCAAAUAUUUACAUGAAACAGCAGACAACUUAGAUUCACUUCCCUUUAAGCUUCAUGAUUUUGGAUUUCGUGGUUCAACAUCUGUUGAGUCAGCAGGAAUUGGAGGGGCUGGCCAUCUUGUAAAUUUCAAAGGAACAGACACAAUAGCUGCCAUCUGUGCUGCUAGAAAGUUUUAUGCUUGCAAUAUUGCAGGAUUUUCUAUUCCCGCUGCAGAACACAGCACUAUCACAACAUGGGGAAGAGAAGGAGAAAGGGAGGCCUUCUCAAAUAUGCUGAACAAUUUUCCCUCAGGUGCAGUGUCCAUUGUCAGUGAUAGCUAUGACAUAUGGAAUGCUUGUGAAAAUGUGUUGGGUCAACAGUUAAAAAGCUUAAUAGAAAACAGAAAUGGAACCCUGGUAGUGAGACCUGAUUCUGGUGAACCAGCGGAAGUUGUUGUCAAGGUUUUAAAUAUUCUUGGUGAAAAAUUUGGUUGCACCAAGAAUUCUAAAGGAUACAAAAUGUUGCCGUCAUUCUUGAGGAUCAUCCAAGGAGAUGGAAUAAGCUAUGAGUCAUUGGCUGUCAUCUUAGAAAGCAUGAAAAAGCAAGGAUGGAGUGUAGAAAAUAUAGUGUUUGGUAGUGGUGGUGCACUUCUUCAGAGAAUGGAUCGGGACACUCAAAAAUGUGCUUAUAAAUGCAGCUAUGCACUUAUUAAUGGAAAGGAGGUAAAUGUUUAUAAGCAACCAGUAACUGAUCUAGGGAAGAAAAGCAAAAAAGGGCGACUGACUUUGGAGUAUAGUGAUGGCCAGUAUAAAACUGUAGAGGAAGGAAAGGGGGAUCCUAAAAAGGAUGUUUUUGUUACAGUUUUUGAGAAUGGAAAAUUACUUAAGGACUACACCUUUGAUGAAGUGAGGGCUAAUGCCGAGAUUGACUUGCUGAAAACAGCCUAGUGGGAUUGUUAGACAUAAAUAGACUGCAUUCAACAUCUGUAGAAGGACAAGUUUGACUGAUACAUAAUGCUAAAGUGUAAUAAAUGCAAUACAUAAACUCUACCAUAUGUGAGUCCAUCAGAUUGAGUUGUGUGAAAAUUGACCCAGGACUGGUACAAUAUUUCUCGGAAUUGUAUACUCAUGAUUUUGUUUUUCAAUCUACCAUACACUAGUACUAGCUCACAAAUGAACAUUUUUGAUCAAAAUUUGUCCUUCAUCUACUUUGUGUGACUGUCAUGGUUGAUUACUAAAUUUGUUGUGAAUGUUUAUGGGUGAAGAACAUAAAACUUGCCUUUAUUUGAAUGCUGCCAAAUGCUGAAAUGUUGAUAAAUAUGACCUCUGGAGUCACGAGUCCUUUAUGCAAUAAUCAGAAAGAACAAAUAUACACAGAGGCCAGGUAUACAUCUAGUUUGUUCCUAGGUUACCACACAUGUCUUGUCAAUGUAAAAUGCCAAUGUAUUUAGAAAACGGAAAAAUACUUACUUGUACUAUUGUGUAUUUCAUGAAAUGAAAGUGCUAAUAUCAUUGGGAAGGCAGGACUUCUUUUGAUCAGCCCAUAUGGUGUGCUCAUUAGACAUGCAGACUUAAAAUUGUUAGUUGUUCUCUAAGUCUACCUAAGCCAAUUUCAACCAGAUAUGGUCAAAAUUUUCUGUGUGUAAAGAGAAUUGAAUAUAAAGUGAAGAGCCAUGCUCAAUGGGAUGUGUAAAAAUUCUUUUUAUCUAGGAAUACUUGACCAACAAGCAAAAACUUACAUAAAUUUCCAAAAUGUUGAUAUUUUUUUUAAUUGAACCAAAUAUGAGGAAAAAGUACAGAUCUCAAUCAAAAUUAGGCAAAAGACCUAACUGGAGUCAAAUCAUCCAGCCUGGAUUUUUUUCUAACCAAAUUGCAGGGGGGGGGGGGGGAUUUAUUUCCAAAUUGGAAUUUGUUACUAAAAUAUUUCUGUUUUAAAUGUUUCUGAAUUUUUGCCAUUUCAUUUCAAAUCUAUGUUAAAAUAUAUCUGACAUAUCAUUUUUCUAUCCGACAUAUUUCUUGAAAAGUUUAGCCUUAAUGAGCAAGGUAAGUUGGGUGAGCAAUGUGAUCCAUGAUCAUCUUGUAUCUUGUUAGGCUUCCUGUUGACUGCCAUAUUGCUAAGCUGAUAGGUGAGCAAUCAAUUUGAAGAUGUUAAGUUAUACAAUGGUAGCUACGUCAUGCACAUAUUUGUCCAUUUUUAAGUAGAGCAACUUGGGUAGAAGAAACUGUCAAGCUUUCAUUUUAGAGAUGGCUUCAGAGGGGAAAUGUCCAUAAUUUUGUGUUGCAUACAUAUUGAUGGUUGUCUGUACAAGCUUUUACAUGAAAUUGUGUUGUAGAAAUCAUGCCAAUUUUUUUUCAAAAGUUAAAUUCACAAAUCAUUUUUAAUUGACUCACCUUUCUGAUAAAAUUUAUAACUCAU